UUGUUUCCACACAGGGACACCGUGCACCAGCUCAGAAGCCGGCUACGUAGCGCGUCGACCUAUUCGGCUGUUAUCCGCGCCAGUCAACGCUUCGUUAGAUAACGCAGUGUCGAUCAGGUGGAGCAGGUACCUGAGUUAGGCUAGUUCUUCAAGUGCGUGCCUUCUGUGAGUCAUAUAUGCGUGCGGGUUGUAGGGGUUGGCACUUCUAUGAACUUUUUUGUUAGUGUUUGUGCCUCUUUGUUGUAACUUUGGAUUUUAUCGAUGGUGUGAGUAACUUUUUACCGGCUGGAUCAGGAGUUGGUUUUGGAACUUGGAAAAGGGUCUCAUCAACAUGCAGACGGACUACGCGAUUUAUACCAGCUCAGCAUCCAUUCCCAUAGACAAGCGCAUAUCAACGUUGUCGCUGACUUCGAAGCAACACGACAGCGCUGAGUAUGCUAUAAACAGAUUUUCACAGAAGUACGACUCCUAUCAGGAGUUUCUCUACAGGAAUAACCAGCAGAGGAGGAGGUUGUCUUCCACCGGAGAAGGAAGCGGUGACUCCAGCACGACAGCCUCAGGAAGCAGUUACGGGGAACGUGAGGAUGGCAGCGAAGGCCGCGCUGAAAGCGACGAGACUGAGAGAGAGGAGAGGAAGCCUUUGGAAGGACAGAUCACGGAUUCGGAACGUCAGCAAGUCGAGACGUUCUUCAAGGGACUAAAAACCCAGAUAUACGUCAGUGGAUCUCUGGCAAAUCUGUACACCAGGACUCCCGCUGAUGUGGAGUGGCAGUUGAAAUAUACGGGAAUUCCGGUUGUUAUCCUAGACGUGGGCGAAUCUCGAGCCAGAGACAAAAGGCGGAUACAGAUCGCUUUGGCAGAGAGAGGGACCUGCUUCAUGCUCUGGAGAGACACGAUCGACAAUUUAUCCUCAUAUAAAGUAGAUGGACCCGCCUUCCACACAAUGCGCUAUUCAUCCGAUCACACAAUGCAAGUGGGCUUCAGUUUCGAUACCACCCAGCACGCAAACGAAAUGUGGACACAUAUCGAACGUCUGGUAUCCUGCCCGGAGAAUAUUUCGCUGUCGACUCCAGGUAAGAAGAAAAAGAAGAAAGAAAAGAAACUGCCGAAGCCGCCACCCCUGCCCCCAAAGAGCCACAUAUCGCAGCCCUGCUGCUUCCAGCACAUAACCUCCGUGGACAGGGACGACACCACACGGUUCUACUCGCUGAAAGAGCUGCUGCCUCCCACACCGGUAAAUCCACGGUUGCAUCAACUCCAUGAAGUCUAACUGAGCCUGACUGAGUUGUAUGUUGCGUCGCCAGGCGACCGAAUGUGACUGAAAGACAUUUUCUAAUUAUAUUUAAUGUGUACAUGUGUAAUCUUAAUUAUUAUAUGUGUCGUUUAAGUAUAUUAACUGUGGGCACCCCGUUCACGACUUAAUUAGUGCUCUUGCAUUAAGUACUUCAUUACUAUGAGGAGUAAACGUAGGUUAUUGUAGGAAAAGAGCACAAGAAAAUUUCCAUAAUAUCAAAAGUACGAAGCAAACAACUCGGAUAAGAGAUAAUUCAUUUGAAAGAUAUGAGAAAGCCGCAAAUCGUUGAUUGAAGGACGUUAUCAUUUAUUCAAACGUUUCCGGAUAUUUUUCUUCGAAUAAUUUGAUAAAAGUAAUAUAUUUUGAGGUGCAAUAACACUUACACCAUAGGCGUCAUGCAUUCACAAUGAUUUUACCUUCAAACAUUUCAAUAAACUGAAAGUGACGUUUUUAUUUAUAAGCGAUAAUACUUGGAACCUUUGCAUCGAACUUGAAACUUAAAUAGAUAUAAAACAUAUCUUUUCGACUUAUUUUACUGUCAAAUAUUUCUUUUAAUUAUGCUGAUAAAAUGUCUGGAAACUACGAAAAAAAAUAUGGUGAGUAUACAAAAAAACUAGCUUUCAUCUUUGACCAAUGAAGUUAAACAUACUGAUUCCAAUAUGCAGACGUAUAAAAAUCAUAAACUAGUCCUUAGCUUCAAAAGUUUUAAGACCUAACCUUAAAAAUUCCUAUCUUUUUACUUUCUAAGACUGAGGGCAGGAGGAAAUAUUUAUUAAAAUACCUGUAGAAUACUUAAGAAUAACAGUUUUCAAUUAAUUUUUAUGAAAAAUUUACUGAAAUUGAAAAUCAGUAGAUGUUGAACACGGAGUAGCAAAACAGUAGACCAAAUGUGUCAGUAGAUCUGAAAAAAAUCAGUAGAUCUACUCCUAAUCCUCCCUUCUGAAGUUUUUAUGAACAAAAUAAAAAUAUUGCUGUUGGAACUAACACUGAGCAGUUAUUGACCUCCGUUGUUCAUCUGGGGUGCCCCCACUUUUAUAAAACUUAUCGUUGUGGACCAAAAUCUACAUAUAUUCUUACUUAUCAAAAGAAAUGUCUUUAAAUGUAACCUAAAUAUGUUAGGAUCCCAAUUCCAACACCUAACCAAUUUCUUACAUUUAUCAGUAUUGUUCCAGAUAAAUCAUGAAGCAUACUGAAUAUAAUACAAAUUGUAUGUAUUCUCAUUCUCACAAACAUAAAAAUUACAGUUUGUAAUGUAUCAUAUAAGACUGUUCUUCUCAGAAAAUCUUGCAUCUGUUACAACCGCUAAAGACGAGAUGCCAUAAUUUUGAAAAAAUAUUAGAAUUAGAAGUCACAAAUAUCUUUGUUAGUUGUUAGCACAGUCUGUGUUACUAUAACUGUGUGUCUGUGUGUCACAAGUACUAUUUUAAAUAAGAAUUUUAGCAGUAUUUAAAGUUCAAAAUUACUAUUUUACGUAUGUUGUUGGUUUACUAUUUAAAGUCUUGUAGAAAUUAGUGGAAAUAAAAAAUCCAGGUAUUUAUUUAUUCACUGAAGAGUAGGGGUAGAAAACUUUGUAUGUAUUUACAAUUAUCAUUACGAAAAUAUGCUAUGAUUUAAUCUCUAUUAUCAAAAAUAGGUUUUUAAAAUUAAUCUGUGAUAUAUCAAUUAAUUAAAAUGGAUUUUAAAAAUAUAUAAAACGGUAGAUUUAUGGAUAUAAUAUCUUAAAUUCACAUGUUAUAAGUGUGCUAUUACUCAAAUCAUAUUGAAUAAUAACAGUAGGAUACACCUAGGAUGGAUAUAAGUAGUCUGUGUAGAAGAUUAAACUAUUUUUGUUUUAUUAUUGUUAUGAAACACUUGUCGCACUAGAGGCUUCAAGAUGUCUAUUUCUAAUAAAUAAAUAAUUAGAAACU